UGACAUCUCUAAUAAACUGUUGAUAAGAAAGGGCAGAGUACAGAUAAAAAAACAUAUAUCAAUGAUCAGCUAGCAAAAGGCAGAAAUAUAAACAAAAUGCUGGAGAAAAACAAAUAUGUACCACGUGUGAAUCAGAUAGAUGCUAUUUUUCUAAACAAGGACAUUGCCCGCCUGAUACGCGACAAUCUGCUGGAGAACUUGCAGGCGAUAUCACCUGUUUUGUUCAUCAAAAUCCAGCCCGAGUUAGAUUUGCUAAUACAAUCCGCCAUUUGGUUCGGUUCCGUUGGCAAGCGAUGCUCCACUUUUGGCCAGCAGCUCCUGGUCCUGGCCUAUGAUGCUGAGAAGCUGACCGUGUCUAGGUUGGUGCUCCACUUUGUGCUGACUGUCCUGCCGGGCUAUGUGAAAAGCUGGGAGGAAAGGCGUCUGACCAGGCGGGUGGAAUGGUUCAGUCAGGCCAUAACUUGGGCGGAGAACAGUGCGCUGGUGCUGAACAUCCUCAACUACUUUCGGUUCCUGAAGACGGGCCGAAAACCCACACUGGUGGACUACCUUUUGGGAUUGGACUACAUUAGUCUGAGGAACAAUCAGAGGAGGGACAUAGGCUACAAGUACCUGACGAGAGAGUUGCUCUGGGGAGGAUUCAUGGAAAUCCUUGGUCUGGUGCUGCCCAUAAUCAAUUUCCGUAAGCUCCAAAGGGUGUUCAAAAGUUGGACCUUUGGACAGGUGAUUUCUGGACGUCGGAUGGAGGCAGGCGUUAACAGUGUAGCGCUCCUGGCCCCGCAAAUGACCUUGAGCACCACCUGCACCUUCUGCGGCGAGCGACCCACAUUGCCUCACCACAUGGGAUGUGGUCAUAUCUAUUGCUAUUAUUGUCUGAGCGCCAAUAUUUUAACGGAUGCCAGUUUUGGCUGCCCCAAAUGCGGUUCUGUGUGUCCUGAAGAUGGAAUCCAAAGUCUUUGAUAGCAUGGAAUUGUUUGCUAGUGAUGUUUUUAUAUGUCUUAUAUAGAUUUAAGAGAGAAGUGGGCUGUAAGUACAUAAUAAACAAAAAUUGUUCAUA